AGCACUUGCUAACAUCUAUAUUUGCAGGAAACUUGUGGCUCUGUAGAGUUUGUAUAGCUUUUAAUGUGUUGUCAUUCAUGUUUUGUCAUUCAAUAAUAAAUGUGCUUCUUUAACUUUUAAUGUGUAUUGGAUUUUAGUUUGCAGAAACUAUUAAUGUGAAUUGUCAUUUCAGUCUGCAUAAACUAUUAAUGUGUUAUCACAAAAUCGUGUAGUCAUUUCAGUGAAGUUUUAUAAUAUUAUUUACUAUAUAUACUAUUCAAUUAUUAUGUUCUUCACCACUCAAAAUCAUUCUCUCACCAUAUUUUCCUUCAGACAAAUAGUAUUAGUAUUUCUAAAAAGAAGAUGAGUCAAAGGGGUCUUGGAUUCAAAGUAAUUGAGGACGAGAUUCUUUGUAAUGCAUAUGUACAUCAUUCAACUGAUAGUGCGGUCGGAACAUAUCAGAGCAAAGACGAUUUGUGGGCGAAAAUACAAAACUACUACAACCACGAAGCUGUUGAUGUAAAUAAUUUGGAGCACAGAAACUUGAGGUCGUUAAGUUCUCGGUUCGACAAAAUAGCUUCUUCGUGCACAUUGUUCCGGGCAACACUUAUUCAAGUUACAGCUCGAAACCAGAGCGGUGGCAAUGCUGAAAGCAUGUUUGCGGAGGCCAAAGAACUAUAUAUCAUCAAAGAACCCAAAAAUCAACCCUUUAAGUUUGAUCAUGCUUGGAAAAUAUUAAAAUUUCACGUGAAAUGGGCUGAACCAAUUCAGCCGAGUACAUCAUCUCCCAUGAAUACGGUACUUCAUCUCCUCUUGGAGAUAGUUCAUCAUCUCUUCUUGGACAUAGUGACUCACAUGACAGACCAAGGGGAAUGAAAGGAGCGAAAACAAAAAAAAGACUCACAAAGGAAAAGGAUCCCAUGUGGCAGGAGAUGAUGAACAGUGUUGGAAAGAGCCAAGAUCUUAUGCAAAAACAGCAUGAAGAGUACUUAGAUAUGCAGAGAAAAAGAGAAGCACGUUCGGAUUUAUUGGCGAGCCUUAAGCAGAAAAAAGAAGACAAUACGGAAAAAAAACUAAAAUUAAAGGCUUCUGAACAAGAUAUGGAGGUUAUGAGAGUGGAUUUGAGUACUCUCACACCCUUUAGUAAACAAUUAUGGAGUGAUAAAAAAACAAGCCAUCAUUGAUAGGGGAAGCAGGUCAGGAGCUGCUAGGAAUUUGAAUUUUAGUGGAGAGGGGAGUGGACCAAGUGAUGAAGAUGUUUACGUCCCGGAAUCUCCAAACAACAACAGAGAAUGCAACUAUGGCGAACCUACUGGCGAUGGACAUUUCUCUAAUUUGAACUAUGAUAGUCAAGACUAUUAAUCUUAGAAAGUAAGGGGUACUCUUUCCUUGUUAGGCCAAACAAGGUUUUAACGAGGCCCCUUUGAAUUAAUAAAAUUUUAUUUUGGCUAGAAAAAAAAAAAUUGCUAAGUAGUUUAUGUAUUUCAUUUAUAUAUUUUGUCUUGUAAUUUAUUAUGUUACGUUAUAAUGUUAUGUU